CGUCGAGCCCAGUGAGCAGCCGCGGACGGCGGAGGCUGGACACGGCCGUACCGCCGCGGUGCCGGAGACGUCGUUGCCAUCUGGACGAGCGGCUUGUCGCUUUCUUUCAAAGAAAACUGUCCUGACUGGCUCAGCUAACACCUGAGGCAUGUUUUGCUAAAGGAACACCUAUGCAGGUGGAUUCUGCACUAAUGAAUGUAGGGGUUGGAGGCACGGUGAGCAGAGAGAUCAGUGCUCCGAAUAAAACAUCCACAAGUAUGGUGGGAAAUCCCCCCCAGACGUUACCCCCUGAAUUUAGAGGAGAUGUGAAUCUCAGUCAACAGAACAAGACCACACCAAUAAAGGACUGUAAGACAGUAAAAGCCUGUCUGGAUUCUAGCAAUUGCAACCAUAACCCUGACCUUUCUUUGCCUCAACAGCCUAAUAAUGCACCAAUGUCUAACUCAGUCCUCACCAGCUCAGAGAAGAAAACCGACAAAAGGGCAGAUACCCCUAAAGUCAGAGUUGACGGUGCUGGGGUCUUCUCCACUCCUCAGUGGUCAAGCAGUAUAAAAGCCAGCCGAGAGGACUCUCUCAACCCUUGUCACAGCAACGUGACGUCCAGCAAGAAACCCCAUCCACAAACACAGUCUCUGCAAAGCGUUCCUCCAGGGUUUCAGUGCUCCAUGUUUAAACCAGCCCAGCCCGUUGCCUUUCUUCCUUCCACUAAUUUUUCUCCUCAGCUUUGUAAAAUUACUCUUCCACCAGCAUUAGGACAAAUCGCAGCUUUGAGAGAAGCCGCAGGCAGUCACUUUCAAAAAGAAAUUCAGCCUCAAAGCUCUGGUGUUGGAGGGGCAGCUCUCAUGCGGACUUAUCCCUAUUCGUUGUCUGUGAGCCGGACCCUAGACAAAAAAGCAGGCGGAUCGAAUGUAAAGCUCAAAUCUAACCACUCGUCGAACAAGAACGCCAAACCACACGGAGAACACAAGUCUCUGGCCUCUGUGGUGGCCUCACCAGCUAUUGCCCUACCAUUGCAGCAUCCAUCAUUAACUUCAGCGCCCACUCACUACACCUUGUCUCCCACUGCUGCCAUUUGCUGUGGCUCUGCACUGGCCAGCCUCACCUCCCAGAGCAGAUUUCUGAACCACGUGGAGAUAGCCAACAGCAUAGACAAAACAGCCAUGGUCUCUCUGAACCCAACCCCUCCUUCUGCUGAGGACAACACAGUUUGCUCAUCUGAGCUGAGAGACGUUCCUCUUGAUUUGUCUUCUAAGUCAAAACGUCCAAAAUGCAUAACUGAUGUUCCAGUUUCUAUGAUGGAGCCUCCUAACGAGUCAAAUCAGAGAGAUUUUCUGAACGCAAAGAAAACUCAUUCUACAACUUACAGCUCAAACAUGCAAUAUCCUACUUUACCAAAUUCACACCGAAAUGGAUCGCACCAAAAGCAGAUAAAUAGGACUCAGAAUCACCAGGUCCCAGAACUCAAACCAACUUGGGCUAAAGGAUCCUCACAAGACACUAUGAAAAGUAUCCCUGGUACCUAUGUAGGUGUGGCUAGCCCCAUACUGGCUUCUACUCUAAGGGGUAAGGAUGGAAAAGGGUCCUUCACCGAUGAAUUUCAAAGUUUUGCAAAGCAAGAGUUUAUAUCUAUUAUUGACCAAGGAGAACAUCUGGUCUCAGGAGGAAAGAAGCCAUCUUGUCUGAUGAAGGGCAACCAACAUGCUCACAGUGGUAAGCAUGUAAAAAACACCAGCACAGCCAUAACUAAGAAUUGCCCCCCAAAAGGAGCACUGACAACUCCUCCAGUAAGCUCUGCCAAUGCUCAGGGACCUCAGAAAUCUGGACACGGCAAAACAUCAAUGCCGUAUUCCAACGCUGUUGUCAGUCCAGCUUGGCAGCAGCAGUCUAACCUUCCUCAGCAACCAUCAGCUGUUCAGAGAAAACUCAUACAAGGAUCUCCAAAGACCAAGGGCGCCACAGUCACAGAGGGAUGCAAGUUCUCACAGAGCGCCCACCACAGCCCAUCAAAACCUGAGGAUAACAAGUGGGAGAGUAUGAAAUCUCCCCUUUCCAACCUUACAUCUAUUGUAAAGCAGCAGGUUCUCGAAACAACCACGCUCACAGGUGAGAGUAACACUCUAGGCUCGCCUGGUGCGUCAAGAAAAGCUGAUGUUUUGAAUUCACUUAUUGGGAGCCAAGACACCCAGUCAAAGCAUUCUUCUGCCAUUGACUAUCCAUCAUACUGGUCUGUGGAGAAAUGGCCUGGUGUCCCAUCUCAAGAGGAACUGAUGAAAAAACAUGAGAAGACGACUAAGGCUGAAAGUUUGGAGAAUAAUACUGAAGAGCGUAUGGGGCCACAGGCGAAGCAAGGUUCCUCAAAGCCUACUGGCCAGUCUCAUCUCUUUGGGGGUAAUGCAUCAACAAAUGGGGACAGGUUGGAAAGCACAUUAGCCCAGGUGUUGGAGGGGGAGAUAUUGAAGAAAGAAAGUGGGACAUCAGACAGCCCUCCCAGUGAAAAAUUGGAGGGCAUGGUUGCAUCCAUUCUAACAGGCCAUUGUGCAAGCAGGGGUGACAAAUUUGAGAAAAAGACAAACGGAACCAAAGAGGAGUCGCCAACCAAAGCAAAAGCUGCCACGAACAAACAAAAGAAGACCAGUCCUAAGAAGCCUGCGAACGAGAAGUCGCCAGCAGAGUCGUUAAAGAAGGCCGCAGGAAAGAAAAAACAAGGAACAGAAAAUUCUCUGGAACAAGUGUCUUUUAAUAAAAAGCAGAAGAAACAAUCUGCACCUGUGUUGGAGCGGAGCCUGUCAGCGGGAAAACUUUCCCCGCAGCGUAAGGAGCCACUUCCAAAGGACAAGAUCCGUCUCAACGAGGCUGAACAGCUAGCCUGCAACAAAGCAGAAAGCAGCAGCAGUCCUCGGAGGGAAAAGACUUCAGUGUUUCUCAAUGACUCGCUCGGAUCGGGCAAAGAAGCAGAUGCAACAGAAUCCUCCUUCCCAAGGCUGAGGAGAGGACGAAGGCGAGCUGAUGAUGCUCGACUUGACCUCUGGGGCUUUGCAACCCCUUCUCCUCCACCUCCAGCCAUGCCUCCCCCCGCAGUUUCUCCACCACCCCCACCGACUCCCAGCCAACCAGUCCGCCGUCCAAGAGGGCGGCCUCGAUCGAACACUCUGCAGGACCGCAAGAAGAAGGCAGCCGGUGCAGAGGCCGACACACCUCCUCAUAAGAAACGCCGGAGAUGGUCCAGUAAGAAGUACGAGACGGGUGAAUACAUCACCGAGAAAGACAAGCUGGAGGACGGAGAGCAGCUCGAAGACCCCCUGAGACACAACACUGAAAUACCUCCAGAUCUACAGUGUCAGAGUCCAGCUGUCCCCAGCCCAGAUCCACCUCCACCGAGAUCCUCGUUCACUCGCUCAGGUUCGGUCCGCUACCAGGGGAGUGAGGAGUCUCCUGAGUUUAACAAUAAGCCUUCAGGGAAGAGAAAGUUCAAAAGCAAACACUUGAGUGACAGUGAUGAACCGAAGAGUAAAACCAAACGCAACGGUUUGGGGAAGUGUGGCGUCUCCCUCCCCCUGGAUGAUGAUGAUGGCGCUGCUGUAAAAGUAGAAGUUACCCCACCACCCACUCCCAAAAGUCUGCCGUCUUCUCCGUCCAAUAAGAGGAGCUCAUCAGGAAGAAGCGGCGGUUUAGACUCCACCCCAAAAAGGACCAUUCCUCCUGAGGUUCGUCGGCUGAUUGUGAAUAAAAACGCCGGAGAGACUCUGCUCCAACGAGCGGCUCGCCUGGGCUAUCAGGACGUGGUCCAGUACUGUCUCGAAAAAGACAUCAGGGAGGUCAAUCGACGGGAUAACGCAGGUUACACAGCUCUUCACGAGGCGUCCUCACGAGGGUGGACUCAGAUUGUCCAAAUGCUUCUAAAACACGGUGCAGACGUCAACUGCAGCGCUCAGGAUGGGACACGGCCCCUUCACGAUGCAGUAGCAAGUGAUAACUUGCCAAUAGUGUGGCUGCUCCUGAACCACGGUGCCGACCCGACUCUAGCUACCUACUCGGGCCACACGCCGGUCAAACUGGCCCACAGUUCGAGCAUGAAGACCUUCCUCACGGAAUAUUUCACAGACCUGGAAGGUCGCAAAGACCAGGACCCAAGUUCACCGUGGGAUUUCUACAGCAGCUCCCUGUUCGAGACGGAGCAGGAGGCGUGCUGGGACUUCCUGCUCUCUGAGGAGGACCAGGAGCUGGAGGAGGUCGAAGCGAGGAACACUGAGCAGGACUCGGAGAAAGACUGCCUCCUGUUCGAGUUCUCCUCCGAGCCCCUUUUACCCUGCUAUCAUGUUCAGGUGUCAUUAACACAGGGUUUUUGCAACUGGUUCCUCCUGGCAGACGUCCUGAAGCGUCUGAAGAUGUCGUCGCGGAUCUUCCGGGCUCGCUACCCGCACUUGGAGGUGGUGAGUUUGUCCCAGGCUGAGCUCUGGAGGCAGGUUUCAGUCAGCCAGGUGAACUCGGCUUUAGCUUCUCCACACAGAGGCAAAAGCAAGGAGGAUGAUGAUGAAGAAGAAGAAGAGGGACUUGUAGAACUGGUUUGUUGUGUGCCAGAGCUCCAGAGACUCUUGGGCUCCUCCAUUCACAUCCUACUAGAGGAGGAGGAGGAGGAGGAGGAGGAGGAGGAGGAGGAGGAGGAGAAGGAGGAGGAGAAGGAGGAGAAACUGACAACAGGGAAGCCUCGGAGCCGAUAGCCUCUGAUGAACUCCUCCAGCUCUUAGGAAGCUUCUCCGUCCGA